AUGCUGCAUGCCUUUCGCGCGACAUACGGACAGAUUCCAUUUGAUCCGGAAGAGUCAAGAGGCAGAAGAGAAAACCGCGACACGGAACUCAACCACCAUCGCGACCGGAGACCACGAACCGAGUCCUUGAUACAAGACGACGAGUUCCUAGAAGAGCUAGUCGACAGGAGGGACACAACCGGUACGGGUGCAAAAUCCUCACGGGAGGACAAACCCAGGCACCGAAAUCAAGCGCUCAGCUCUGCCCGCAUCAGAACCGCAAACCUCAACGCACUGAUAGUCACAACAACUUCGCACGAAGAAGACCGUGGAUCAGAGACAACAACAGUUGGACUCACAACUCAUCAAACGGGAACUACUACCCUAACCGGAACCCAGCCAGCAACAACUUCCAUAACGGAAACGGCAGCUACAGCGGAAGUUUCCAGCAGUAUGGUGCCCCCCACAGCGGGUACAACCUUGGUUACGGACCGCCGAUGUCGUAUGGGACGACCGCGUACGGAAACACCUACAACCCCAGCUAUAACCAAGGAGGACCGAGCAACACGUCAGAGCGGCAAAACCAACUUGCAGUCGUGCCAAAACAAGGGAGCAGUGGCCAGAGCGGAGCCCUGA